AUGGCUAAGGUGCAUAUUACCAAUGUUGUAGUACUUGACAAUCCUAGUCCUUUCUUAAACCCUUUCCAAUUCGAACUAACAUUCGAAUGCAUAGAAGAGCUAAAGGAAGACUUAGAAUGGAAGAUGAUAUACGUCGGAUCAGCUGAAACAGAGGAGCACGAUCAAGUUUUAGACACAAUUUACGUUGGUCCCAUACCAGAAGGGCGCCACAUGUUUGUCUUCCAAGCACCACCACCAGACGUUAACCGAAUUCCAGAAAACGACGCGUUAGGCGUAACAGUUGUACUUUUAACAUGUUCAUAUAGAGGCCAGGAAUUUGUGCGCGUCGGUUAUUUUAUUAAUAAUGAAUACAGUGAAUCAGAACCCGAAUUACGUGAAAAUCCUCCAGCAAAACCGCAAUUCGACAAAGUAUUAAGAAAUAUUCUAGCUUCAGAACCGAGAGUGACACGAUUUAAGAUCAAUUGGGCAGAACCAGAUGCAGUACCAACAGAUUCUGGUGAUGGAAACAUAGAAUCAACUCAUGCACCUAGCAAUGAUUCAUAUGGGGCAUCUUUCAAUGCAGAUAGUCAAAUAAGUGGUAUAGAAUUUCAAGGAAGCCUUAGUGGAUAUGGUGAUAACUCAAAUUCUAUUGCUCCUAUGGAGUGCUGA